CGCCCGCUCCUAUGGGGUCUUCUGCAAGGGGCUGACCCGCACGCUGCUCAUCUUCUUUGACCUGGCCUGGCGGCUGCGUAUCAACUUCCCGUACCUGUAUAUCGUGGCUUCCAUGAUGCUCAACGUCCGCCUGCAGGUCCAUAUUGAGAUCCACUGAAGAUUGUCCACCGACUAGCACAGGUGUGUCUGCGGGCUCACUGCGUCGGAGAACACAGCAUGAGGGAUGGGAGAGGGACUCUGGGCUCCUGCCUCUCGGGAGCGCGGGGCGAGGACUUGGACAAGCUACGGUGCGGCCUUUGGACACAGGAGAGCCCUCGCCCGUCCGGUGCACCUUCCUGGGCGAGGAAGCCUGCAGCUGAUCUGCAUGGAAACCCACACAAUGAGACGCCAUCAGUGGCAACGAAAGGCGAUCUGAGUAAGGCCAGCCUCUUGCGUCACAACGGCAUCAAAGUGCUUCUGUAUUUGAAAGGAUCAGUAAGAAGGAAUUGCGCUUCCACAGUGGCUCAGAGCAAGACCGUGGAUCUGUUCUCCGCUCCUGCAGAAGAGUGUGUUGGCAGGGGGUCCUGUGGCGUCGAGGAGGCCCUGGUGAGGGACUGGCUGGGAGGAGGGCCCAGGGCCACUGGCGGCCACAGGGGACGGUGCCGGGGAGGAGGGCCUGCGGGGUCGGGGCUGCCAUGCCAUCAGAAGCGGUCGGAAACGGAGAUUUCUGAGGGUGAACCACGCGCUUUUCUUGAGAUGAGAGGCUUGGAGCCAGACCUGUGUCUCCCGCAUCCUGUGUCGUCGCCCCCGCUGCAUGCGCAUCCCCACGUUUCCUCGAACGACGCUGAGACAGAGUGUGCGUCCCCUGGCCGCUCAGAGCCCGCGCUUUCAGGGCGAACAGGAGAACACGGGAAGAUGCUCCCUAGCAUGAGAAGUACCUCAAAUGAUCUGCAGACAGCACUGGGGCUUCUGGCUGUGCGAGCUUUUCAAGUAGCAAAGCCAUUACGCCACAAUUAAGGUACAAGCUGAACAAUAAAGGUUGAUUGAUUGAUUGAUUUUAAAAGUUGUCUUAAGGUAGUUUUUCCAUUAAGUCUGAUGCAGACAGUGCAGCAGUGACGUUCCUGCUCUGGCUUGUGAGUCCAGGCAGACUUCAAGGGAGUCGAAUUUAACCUCAUGGAGAGCUGGCCAAUGUGGAAGGAAGUUUUUGAGGAAUGUCUUUUGAAAGACAUUCAGGAUUGGGAGACCAUUUCCAGGAGAAUAUGAAUAUAUCCUACAUAAAUAUGAGAUUAGACCAUAAAGAGUUAACAUAAAGCCCCUCAUAGACCUUCAGCACACAUUCUGAAGGGCGGCCAUGCUGGGUGCUGUCUCUCCAGGUUGUCUGAUCAUCUGAUGAAAGUGGGUGUUUGCAAGUGCCAGCCCCUCUAUACUUGCUCUAAGCCUUGCUGAGUUGAUGACGAGCUGUUACCAUUUCUGCAUUUUGUGGAAUAAUUUUGGUCUGCAUCAAAAUUUGAUUUCUCACCUUCCUUCCUUACCACUUGAAAUGCAAUUUUAAUGGAGGCCCUACGGUGAAAGUUGCAAUAUUGAACUUACCUUUAAAAUAAACCCUGCUCAAACGGUGUUGCCUGAAACAGAAGUGAGCGCGAGACUCCCAUUUCUAGGAAUUGAGGUAUCUCUUACACUAAGGUUUUUCUGAGAUAACUCCUUUUUUGUUGUUUGUCGGUAACUUUGAUAAAGGUCACUUAAGAGUGUAAGUUUUUAAGGAGUCCCAAAGUAAGACAACCCUUUUCAGGAUUAUGGCUGCAUAUAUUGGUUUAUGUUGUGUGCUAGAGUACGAUGCCAUGCACUAUUUUAGUGUUUUGGGAAAAUGAAAAAUAAAGCCUGUCAUUUAGCAUAAUAAA